GCAGGCGCUCGUUUCCUUUGCAUCAGCAUCACGGCCGCUCUCGUCACCGGAAAGGCUGCGCGGAUUAGCACAGAGCAUCGCCUCGCCCCGCAGCGGCAGCAGCGCAAACGGCAGCGCUCACAAGCAUGGCCUGAUCUGCAGAGGAGUCCAGCUGCUGAAAAACAUGGGGAAUCAGGACGGGAAGCUGAGGAAGGGGGCGGCGGGGGAGGCCGGCGGAGCGGCGGCCGACGACGCGGCCGGGGGGCCCCGGGAGGUGGAGAGCACAAAGAAAGGCUUCCACCACGGCAAGAAGUCGCACGGCAAACACGGCAAAGGGGGGGAGCCCGGCAAGAAGAAAUCCAAAUCGGACUCCAAAGCCUCGGUGUUUUCCAACAUCAGGAUCCGGAAGAACCUGUCCAAGGCUAAGGGCUCGGCCAGGGGAUCCAAGGAGGAUGUGCUGGACACACAGGCCUCCCAGCACGACGAGCUGGACAGCGCGCAGUCCCUGCAGACCAAAACCCCCGACAUCAGCCUCUCCGCCGACGAGCUGGGGCACUCGGACACGGAGCCCGAGCGCUUCCACCUCACGGCCGAGAGCCGGCAGACCACCGUGGAGACGCAGGAGGGACAGAGGGCCAGCUCAGGCUCCGACACGGACAUCUACAGCUUCCACUCGGCCGCCGAGCAGGAGGAUCUGCUCGCUGACAUCCAGCAGGCUAUUAGGCUGCAGCAGGGGGUCGUUAUCUCGACAGCCGAGGGGUUGGGCUGGAAAGCCGAGCUCGGGCUUGCGGCUGCUGCCGAGCCCACCCCCCCUGUCUCCGAGCAACCCACCCCCCCGGAGGCGAUAUCCGACCGGGAGAACGGCCUGGUCGUGGAGCUCAAUUUUUCGCUGGAAGCCGCGGAGGAGGAAAAGGACUCUGGCUGCGGCGUUCAGGAGCUGAAUGAGGAGCUGAGCGAGGCGGAGGAAGCCCUUUGUGCUUCGCUGGGGACAAAGGAGCCGGAGCCAUUGAGUGAAAGCGCUCUGCCCCCGGCAGCUGAGACCGAGGGGAGAGGAGGGAGCCCUGUUACCAAGACGACCAGCGCCAACAGCUUCCCCGACCUCACGGGCUCUUUUGAAAGCGCGGAAGAGCCCCCGGACGAAGAGAAUGGCCUGGACCUGCCCCCUUGUUUGACUGGUAGCCACGGCGACAUACCCCGGAGCCACGAGGAGGGACUGAACUCCGUGGAGGGCUCUGUGAACGGGAGGGUGGGGGUCGGGGAGUCCCUGGAGUCCCUGGGGUCGCAGGGCAGCGGGGACCAGGAGUUAGAGCAGGGCGAGGGCCCGCCUCGCAGCCACCGCCGGAAGAGCAGUGUGUCCUUCUCCCAGUGGUCCCAGGAGAGCCCGCUGGCCACCCGCCUGCUGAAGUCCAGCCUGUCGUCCACGACGACUCCCCCCGUCAAGCCGUACCCGCUCAUCCACCCAUCCUACAUCAAGACCACCACCAGGCAGCUGAGCUCGCCCAGCCACUCCCCGGCGCCCUCGCCCUCCCAGAGCCCGCUCUUCCAGAGGCGCUGCCAGGACCUGGGCCACCGGGCGGAGAAGAGGAGGGCGAAGAGGCAGCGGUCCUACAGCAUCACCGGGCCCAUCAGCCGCUCCGCUGACUGGACGGACGAGCUGAGCGGGCUCAGGCCCAAGAAGGCCGACUCGGCCGACUACCUGGAGUACGGGGGCUCGGAGGAGAGGCUGCGGGGCGGCAGCCAGCCCCUGUGCGCCACGCGCAAGUCCUCCGGCGUGCAGGCCUCCACCUGCAGCUUCCAGGACGUCUUCACCGGGCGCACCCUGCUGGAGAAGUUCUUCCGGCAGCAGGAGGACACCCAGCCGGAGGAGGCGGAGAAGCUGUGCUCUCGCAUCCUGGCCAUGGGCCUGCUGCUGCCCUUCAGCGACUGCUUCCGGGAGCAGUACGGGGGCAGCACCUCACAGAUCACGCCCAAGUUUGACCAAGACCAGCUGUACACCUGGGCAGCAGUCAGCCAGCCCCCCCACUCCCUCGAGAACUUGGAGGGCCGCAUCCCGGGACGUAUCCAGGCCCUGUGGCCCCCACCCAGACCUGGAGGGGACGAGAGGCCGGGGCUGAAGUACACGGAAGCCGAGGAUGAGGAGGAGCAUCAAUCGAUCAUCCUGGGACUGAAAAAGCAGCAGAAAGAGGAAGUGCUGGAGCUGCAGGAGGAGUCCAUGCUGAAGACGGUGAAGCUGAAGGAGGAGCACGUCAAUGUGAUUCAGCAACUGGAGCAGACCAUCGAGGACCUGAGGACCAAAAUCGCCGAGCUGGAGAAACAGUACCCCCCGCUGGAAAAGGAUGUUUGCACUAAGGACCAGGAGUGUGGGAGUGAGCAGGGGGCACUGAAGGACUUCUGUGAUGUGGACCUGCAGACCGAAGAAGGCUUGGUGCUGAGCAGCCUGGAGGCCAAGUCAGUGCAGACGUCGCCCGUGGACGAGAGCUUUAAAUUCAAAGUGCCUUUACCGGAUCAAACGCCAUCAUCUGCAGCAGGGCCAGGGUUCAUCUGUAAAUGCCAGCAGCAGCAGCAGAGUGGGAUUCAGCCCCCACCCCCGCCGCCUCCGCCGCCUCCACCCCCCCUGCCUGGCAUUCCUGGGCCCCCUCCCCCUCCGCCUCCCCCUCCUCCUCUGCCAGGAUUCGUGGCUCCACCCCCACCCCCUCCCCUGCCAGGAUUACCAGCCCCGCCCCCACCGCCUCCCCUACCUGGCGGUGCAAUGCCGCCUCCACCGCCCCCUCUCCCUGGCUCUGCAAUGCCCCCACCCCCGCCCCCACCGCCCUUGCCAGGAAUGGGUGUACCGCCACCCCCGCCUCCCUUGCCAGGCUGUGCCAUACCGCCGCCCCCACCUCCCCCUUUGCCAGGAGCAUGUCCCCCUCCACCCCCUCCUCUACCUGGAAUGGGACCUCCUCCACCCCCUGGCAGUGCUGGACCUCCACCCCCACCACCCCCACCUCCCCCACUGGGCGCUGGUGCCCCACCUCCAACCUUUGGAAUUGGAGCUCUUCCACCCCCUCUGCCAGUGGGACUUUACGCCCUGGGCAUGGCGCAAGAGAAGACGGCCCGAAAAGGAGUCAUUGAACCACCGCGACCCAUGAAGCCCCUCUACUGGACCAGGAUACAGCUGCAUGCGAAAAAGGACGUCGCUGGACUUUUGGUGUGGGAGAAGAUUGAGGAGCCCUCCCUGGAUUUUGAGGAGUUUGUCGAACUGUUUUCUAAAACCGCGGUGAAGGAGAAGAAAAAGCCUUUGUCGGACACCAUCACAAAAUCAAAGGGUAAACAGGUGGUGAAGCUGCUGAGCAACAAACGGUCUCAGGCGGUGGGGAUCCUGAUGUCCAGCCUGCACUUGGACAUGAAGGACAUCCAACAUGCAAUUCUGAACUUGGACAACACCGUGGUUGACCUGGAGACCUUGCAGGCCCUCUAUGAAAAUAGAGCACAACAGGAAGAGAUGGAGAAAAUUGAAAAGCACAUCAAGUCGUCAAAAGAAAAGGAAAACACGAAACCGCUGGACAAACCUGAACAAUUCCUCUUUCAGUUGUCACAAAUCCCCAAUUUCUCAGGACGGGUAUUUUGCAUCCUCUUUCAAUCAACAUUCACGGAAAGUAUAUCCUCCAUCCUCCGCAAGCUUGAAAUGCUGCAGAAAGUCUGCACGACCCUGCAGAGCGGCCCUGGGGUGAUGCAGGUGCUGGGCCUGGUGCUGGCCUUCGGGAACUACAUGAACGGGGGAAACCGCACCCGGGGCCAGGCGGACGGCUUCGCCUUGGACAUCCUGCCCAAGCUGAAAGAUGUGAAGAGCAGUGAUAACACCCGGAGUCUUUUGUCUUACAUCGUCUCCUACUACUUAAGGCACUUUGACGAGGACGCGGGCAGAGAGACGUGCGUCUACCCUCUCCCCGAGCCACAGGACCUCUUCCAGGCCUCGCAGAUGAAGUUUGAAGACUUUGAGAAGGACCUGCGCAAGCUGAGAAAGGACCUCAAUGCCUGCACCACAGAGUCGGAGAAGGUCUGCCGCGUCUCCUCGGAAGAUCACCUACAGCCCUUCAAGGACAAAAUGGAGGAGUUCCUGAGCCAAGCAAAAACUGAACUGGAGGCUCAAGAAACGCAGCUGACUGAGACUCACAAGACUUUCUUGGAACUGACCACCUUCUUCUCAGUCAAGCCAAAGAUGGGAGAGAAGGAGGUGUCGCCCCACACAUUCUUCUCAGUGUGGCAUGAGUUCUCCAGUGAUUUCAAAGAUCUGUGGAAGAAAGAGAACAAGCUAAUCCUGCAGGAGAGACUGAAAGUGGCGGAGGAGUGCUUCAGACAGGCCAAGGAGAAGGCCUCUUACAGUGUCAAACCCAAGCAUGCCUCAGGCAUAAAAGCAAAGCUGGGCAUGAAGAUCUGAAUGACAGCCGAGUUGGGGAGGAUUUUAUUGUAGACUUGAUUAUCCAGGAGACAGCAGCACAGAUGAACUGAGCAAAGACAGAAGAAACAGACAACAGUGUUGUGAACUCUAGCACUUAGGCCAUCGUUUUAAUUU